ACGUAUCCAAACUAUUUUUUGGAAAGCCCAAAAGAGGCUUGGGCUAGUUCAGUCCAAUAUCAGCCGUGCAGGAGCAGGAUUGCUUGCGAUAAGCAGCGUAGAAAAAAGAAAAUAGAAAGUCCACCGCUAGCACCGCCGCGGAUUGCUCUCAUCCCUCGCCAGCUGUUGCUUUUCUAUUUUGUGAAGAUACGAGAUUGACACCACUAGUUGAUGUGAAUAAUGAUCAGACUCUUUGAUGCUCAUUGUCACUUACAAGAUUCAAGAGUCUUAAAUGUGGCUCCUAAACUUAUAAAAGAGGCCCUUGAUACUGGUGUCCUUCACUUUGCCGUAAAUGGAGUGUCUGAGGAGGACUGGCAUUUGGUCAAGGAGAUGAGCGACACCCAUCCUUCUGUUGUUCCCAACUUUGGCCUUCAUCCCUGGUUUAUAACCGAUAGAACUCCUGAUUGGUUGAAGACGUUGAAAGAUUUCCUCGCGUCCACUCCCUCUGCUGCAGUAGGAGAGAUAGGUUUGGACAAAGGCUCUACUGGGAAGAAGAUAGACUUCACAGAUCAAGUUGAAGUCUUCCGACAACAGCUCCAACUCGCGAAAGAGCUAAAUAAACCAGCAUCUAUCCAUUGUGUGCGUGCCUUUGGCGAUCUUCUUGAGAUUCUGAAAUCCGAGGGGCCGUUCCCUGCUGGUCUGGUAUUGCACUCGUUUCUUGGCUCCGCUGAGAUGGUUCCUGAAUUGGCUAAGCUCGGUGCUUACUUCUCUUUUUCUGGAUUUCUCAUGUCGAUGAAAGAGAGCAAGGCCAAGAAAAUGUUGAAGUCCGUUCCUCCAGAAAGGAUUUUGUUGGAGACAGAUGCUCCGGAUGCCCGGCCAAGCUCAGUUGAUCCGGAUUCUCUAUUUGUGAUCAAGAGAGAGGUCUUGAAUCCAAAAGAGGCAAGUGGUGGUGAAGAUACUUCCAUCGUCGAGGAGAAUCUCAAUCAUCCAGCUAACAUUCAUCACAUACUUGCUUAUGUUGCACAUAUGCUUGAAAUGGAGGAAAAGGAACUUGCUCAACUCAGCUAUGAAAAUGCAAAACGCCUCUUCUCUUACAAAGGCUCAAAGCUGGUGCAAGCUUAACGAAGUUCUUGGAUACUAUCACUCUUUGUAUGGUUUCAGUCUGAUCAUGAAAACUUGAUGUAAAUACUGAAUAAUUGUUACUUUGUAUUCAUUCGGGAACACCAAGUAAAGAAAGAUGUGCUUCGUAUUA